AUGACGAGGGCAGCCCGCGCGGCCGCCGCCGCCCUGCUCCUGAGCGCCCCCGGGCCCGCCGCGGCGCUCGAGGCCCGCGGCGACGGCUCCGCCGCCUGGCCGUGGAGCAGGGCCCGGCGCCGCGGCGGCUCCGCGUCGCCAUCCGCGUCGUCGGCGGCAACAUGGUCUCCAGGAACACCGCUGGAGGUGCCCAAGGACGUGGCGCGAGACCAGUGCGCAGUCUGUGAAUUCCAUGGCAAGUCUGCGCCGAGCCUCUACAUUGAUGGUCGCGGCGACGGGCUGGGCAACACCAUGGAGGCCGUCAUCUAUGGCAUGGCGAUGGCGGCCCACGUCGGCAUGAACUUCGGCGGGGUCCUCCACGGCAACCACGUCUCCCACACGGUCGAUACGGCGCAGGCGGUCGCGAACGCCUUCGGCGUCCCGAAGGUGAGGAUCUUCCCCAGCCCGAAGCCCACUCUCAGCAGCGAGGUGAAGACCUGGCAGGAGAUCUCCCAGGCGACCACGGGCGACCGCUUGGGUCUGGGAUCGAGCGUGCUCUACAAGAACAACCUGCCACAGUUUGGCAUCAAGGACGAGCCCGUGGAGGAAUACCUGACGCCGGAGUUCCUCCACACGAUGCGCGCUCAGGUCAUGCCCAGGUUCGCCCAGAUGUACCCGAGGAGCGCGAUCCACGACGAGAGCAAGGGGAUGAUGGUUGCGUUUCACGUGCGCCGCGGGGAUGUCAAGGACCUUCCGGACGGAGGCAACUGGGGCCGCUUCACGCCCAACGAGUGGUACUUGGACCUGAUGGCCCGCAUCCAGAAGUACGACCCGAAGGCGGACUUCCACAUCUGGAGCUCCCUGCGCGGCGCCAACGACCAGAUCGACGCGGGGCGCAACGCCACCUUCGACGUCUUUCGCGAGAAGGGCGUGGCUGUUCACUUGGACACCGACGAGGUGGAGACCUGGGCGCAGAUGUCGCAGGCCGACGUCUUCGUCGGCGCGAAGAGCAGCUUCAGCUUCUUCCCCUCGCUGCUGACCAACGGCUGCGUCAUGUACCAGAAGUGGCUCACCAGGGGGCUCACCACCUUCAUCGACGCGGACAUCAAGACCGGCCCCUCCGACGAGGGCCUCGAGAGGUGCAUGGAGCGGGCGAAGAACGCGCAGAAGCAGUCGUAG